UUCAGAAGGACAAAAAAAAAAACAUCCUCAUCGUGUUCUGUCCAUCAUAAGCUGUCUUUUAAUCUUCGUUUUCAAUUCUUAGUAGGAGAGAGAAGCGUCUAAGAAACGACAUUCCGUUGAGAUUGGAUUGUGUUUUCUCCAGAUCGAGACGAGGAGGAUGAAGAUAGCUAUUGGGUUUUUUUGAUUCUUGUUGGGUCCUUCUUUCUUCCCGCUUUUGAAUCUGCUUUAUUUUUUGGGGGUUGAGAUUCUAAAUUAGGGUUUCGUGGGUUAUAUUGAUGGAAUCUCGUGUUGGAAACAAGUUUCGCCUUGGCCGGAAGAUCGGUAGCGGUUCCUUCGGGGAGAUCUAUCUGGGUACUAAUAUUCAAACGAAUGAAGAAGUUGCAAUCAAGCUUGAAAGUGUGAAGACGAAACAUCCUCAGCUGCUUUAUGAAUCGAAGUUAUACAAGAUUCUACAAGGAGGAACUGGUGUCCCAAAUGUGAAAUGGUACGGUGUUGAAGGGGACUACAAUGUUUUGGUGAUCGAUCUACUAGGGCCGAGUCUUGAAGAUCUGUUCAAUUUCUGUAGCAGGAAACUUUCCUUGAAGUCGGUCCUCAUGCUUGCUGAUCAAAUGAUCAACCGUGUUGAGUUUUUCCAUUCAAAAUCUUUCCUUCACCGAGAUCUCAAGCCUGACAAUUUCCUCAUGGGCCUUGGAAGGCGUGCCAACCAGGUUUACAUCAUCGACUUUGGUCUAGCUAAGAAGUACAGAGAUAGUACAACACAUCAGCACAUUCCCUACAGAGAAAAUAAGAACCUGACAGGAACUGCACGUUACGCUAGUAUGAACACCCACUUGGGAAUUGAACAAAGCCGAAGGGAUGAUCUAGAGUCUCUUGGUUAUAUCCUUAUGUAUUUCCUCAAAGGAAGUCUUCCUUGGCAAGGACUGAAAGCUGGAAACAAGAAGCAAAAGUACGAGAGAAUUAGCGAAAAGAAAGUUUCCACAUCCAUUGAGGUCUUAUGUCGGGGUUACCCAUCAGAAUUUGCAUCCUAUUUCCACUACUGCCGGUCGCUUCGUUUUGAUGAUAAACCAGACUACGCUUAUCUCAAACGGAUAUUCAGAGAUCUCUUUAUCCGUGAAGGAUUUCAAUUUGAUUACGUGUUUGACUGGACCAUCUUGAAGUACCAACAAUCACAACUAACCGCUCCUCCUUCUCGUAAUCUCAACCCUGCGGUUGGAACUAGCGCAGCAUUGCCACCUGGCGUUUCCAACAUUGAUAGAUACACAGGCGAGGAAGAAGGGCGACCGGUUGGUUACUCGCAUAUGGAAUCAUCUCGACGGAGAGCUUCAGGCACUCUUGACCACUCAGGGAAUCUUUCGAACCAACAGACAUCAUCAUUUAACAGAGAAUCCAUGAUGCCGAGCUCCUCGAUGUUUGCACAAUCAGCAGGAUCAUCGAGGAGAGUAGCGGCAGUGAGCAGCCGAGACAAUCUUCUGAGCGGGGAAGAGUUUCAGAGAAGCCACCGUACAGGUGACGUAAGCCGCGGAGGAGUGAUCUCUAGGAACUCCCCUGUGGAGGCUGGGAAGAGGUCUUCUUCCUCGAGAAGACACUACGAAUCAGCCAUCAAAGGCAUUGAUAAUCUUCAAGUCUCCUCCGACGACAAGUUUCACCACCACCACUGAUAAUAAUAAUAAUAACACAACAUUAAUUGUACUUGCACCGUAUUGGUCAAACGACCUCAGAAGUUUCAUAUGUUUUUCUUCUUCUUAAUUACGCACUACGAAAGUUUGAAUACAAUCGAGUUAAUCCA